AUGAAAAAGACGAUCCAUCAUGAUGCGACAUCGUCGUCCUUAUUCAAUGAUGGUGGUACUUCUAACGAGCAAGUGUUUGAACACAAAUUAAUUUCCUCUCACAGAUGCUGCUCGUCCGAUUCAUGUGGUCCACACUACUACAACUGCUACGACUCAACAACAAACUCAUCAUCUUCAUCAACAAGUAGUCGUGGUUCCCUACAACCAAAUAUGGAUCUUACUGAAAUUACAACAAGAACAACAGCAAUAGAAAGAAGGGAUAGUGAGGAUUGCACGCAUGAUGAUGUACAUACAUCGGAAUUCAAUUCAUUCCUUCUUGUAAGAGAAGACUCGUCCAAUGAGUCUCCGUCGAGUUGGUUUGCUGACACGAUCCACCACACCAUCUUACUACAACAACCAGAAGAAAGAAGCAGCAUUGCUUGCAUGACUGACGACCGCCAUGACCACAACAGCAUUCUUCAUGAACAUCUUGAAGCAUUACCAAUGAAUUUGGCGGAAGUUUCGAUGAAUGGAAAUGUUGAAACAAAUUCCCAGCCACAACAUUCCUCUCUACCUGAAAAGGAACCUAAAUUGUUUUUUAGUAAUGCACAACAAUUGGAAGAGUAUGUGCUAGAACAAAUUGGGAGAAUGGAUGAGAGUAUAUUCAGCCCUUCUGGCUCAUUGGAAAAAGAAAAUUUUGAGCUAAAUGACACUUUGGGGGAGAGAGUUGACAAGGCUCUCACCGACGAUGAGAAUCAACCUUCACAAGAUGUACCUGAUAGUGAUAGACCUUGUCGUGGUGACGACCCCUACUUGGUUCAGGAAACACUACUAUCAGAAAAAUUAUCAACAUUACAGGAUGAGAAUUACCUCCGUUCACUGCAACUUGGAUCAUUACUUGUAGGAAACGAAGAAAAUCAUACUAACUAUCAAAUGGAAACCAUUGAUAAUCAUUCAAAAAACGAAAUCAUCAACAACAAUACGAAUUGUGACGAAUUUGAAGAAAAAACCUCUGUUGCUUGUUCUUAUGAAGAAACGACCUCCGCUGAGUCAUCGAGUGUUGACACUGAAUUGAGUGAAGACAAACAUAAUUACUUGAAGACAGAGCAAAAAAUUAAACCGACACUUGUCGACGAUGUGGAGCAUCAACAUGAAAAUACUCUUCAAAAUCUGGAAACAGAAUAUGCAUUAUCACCACAACCUCAACAUGUAAAUAUUCCAAGCAUUCCUUUUAGCAAUUCUCCAACUGUAAAGGUGACAACAUCACUUUGCGAGAAAAAACGUAAACUUGAAGCAUUGAAAACCACAACAUCAUUAGAAAGUUGUAAUAUCAUGACCAUAGAAUCAUCAUCAGCUCCGUCACCAACCGAUAUUCAAUUUGCCGUGAUAGAGAUUGCCCAAGUGUCACUAGAUAUUAAGGGAACUUCAUUCUUUUCAAAUGGGAUUUAUUACAUGAAGCAAAAAUAUAGAAAGUCCGACAAGGUGUUGAUCUGUCUAAUCAUCACCUGUUUAUUAGUGAGCUGCAUAUUAUUCACUGCACCAAUUCCCUUACUUGCAAUAGGUAGUUCAUUCCUGCAACAAAGUGGAACACCCACUUCAGCUGCUGUUUCAGACGGAAAUGCUAUUAUUUACACUCGUUUUCCAUGUUACAUUGUUGGCACAAGAGAGUGCUCAUAUUCUCAAUCCUCUUCAUAUUCAGAUACGAACCGAGGCAUUGUCUUUCGAAUUUCUUUUCCCACGUUUUCCAAGGACGGUGGUUCCAAUGUGUCACAAACCAAUCCAAACAAACCUUACAAAACCCUGCUCUCAGAUACAUGUUAUCCAAAAUCACAACAAUAUCAUACACAAUCCGAAUAUGUGUGCUACACCAACAAGGACGAAACAAAAGUUUCUCUAACUGAACCUAAAACCAGUCAAAGUUCUUACAUGACCAAUGUUGGUUUUCAAUUACUCUUAUUUGGAAUUAUUGGAUUUAUUUCAAGUGUCUGUAUCGUCAUUUCACUGUGCUGCAUUUGUUGGAUUCUAAUUGAGCACAAACCUUGGAUUCAAGAUAAUUUAACAUUCUCAGAACAACUUCAAUUGGAAGCAGCAGAAGAGGCCUCUCGAAAAUAUAAGGAAGCUAAUUUGGUGUGA